GCGGCGGCGGGCAGAGCCAGGGAGGCCGCGGCCCGCAAGAGUGAGACGCGCGCGGGUGCGUGGCUGGAGCUGCUGCGGAGGUGCCGCGUCCGCCUGGGACCUCGGUUCACGAAAGCAGUGACUCCCAGGUUUUCUUGACAAUGUGUCCUGUUUUCUGACAUUGAACACUGAAGUUGAUUUCUCUUCACAAGAAGACAAUCUCACACGAGUGGUUGUCAAGACAAGAAGAAGGGAGGCAAAUUCCAGCCCUUCAAGAAGUUGUUCGGGAAAAGAAGAAAGAAGGACUCGUCCUCAGCUCGGGAGGUAUCUACGGGGAGGAGUCGCCUCCCCCCAUGUGUCAGCAAUGGGACCAUCUCCUCAGAUGAGGAAACUCUGGAGGACAAUCUAAGGUCCUUCACCUAUUCUAUGGGAACUCGGGCAUUCUCUCAUGACAGUAUUUUUAUCCCUGAUGGGGGAGCAGAAAGUGAGCAAACAGUUCAAGCAAUGUCACAGGAGAACAUCCUGGGCAAAGUCAAAACUCUUCAGCGACAGUUGGGCAAGAACAUCAAGUUUGGGCAGCCACCACCCCAGGCUGUUUCCAUGAAGAAGGCAGACAGUGGAGAGGCGACCAUAGACGAAGACCUGUUCAGUCCCAUGGAAAUUGUGACCCAUCAGGACGUCAUCCUCUCCGACCCUGAAAACCAGCCUACUGAUACUUCUGGCUUUCUGAAUCCUCCGAAUCAGCCAGCAGUCAGAAGUGAGAUGGAAGAGAAGGCCACUCCAGUGAAACCAUCUCGGCCCAAAAGGCACUUCUCUUCUGCUGGCACCAUUGAAAGUGUCAACCUAGAUGCCAUUCCCCGCGCCAUAGCACGUUUGGACAAUAGUGCCGCCAGACACAAAUUGUCUGUGAAGCCAAAAAACCAGAGGGUGUCUAGGAGGCACCGGCGAAUCACCGGGGACCCGCUUGGAGAACACAGUGGCCUUCUAUACCCGCUGUCCCUGGACCAGAAUGGACAUGCAGGAGAAGACAAGCUAGCCUGGCAUGAAGAGGAGCCAGAGCCGCUGGAUUCUGAGGACAAAAGACACAAUGAGGAAUAUUGGCGGGAACUGGAAGCCAAAUGCAAACGGCAGAAGGCUGAAGCUGCCGAGAAGAGACGUCUUGAAGAGCAGAGGCUCCAGGCCCUAGAACAGAGGCUGUGGGAGGAGAACAGGCGGCAAGAACUCCUGGAGGAGGGAAGGGAGAUCAUACCUGAGGACGAUGAGCAGGAGUCACCUUUGGAGGAGAUUCUGAGAGGGGAAGGGCCUGGUGGUCCAGGCCAAGAAAGGAAGGAGCAUCAGGAAGACAGGCUCCUGGAGGAGAAGCAUGUGAAAGAGAGAAGCCAACAGCAGCCAGUGCUGGAGGCACAGAGCAGACAGGAGACUGAGAAGCAGAGGCAGGAAGAGGAGGAGAGAGAGUUGCAUGAGUUCAGGAGACUGGAGGAGAGAAAGAGGGAGGAUGAAAAGCAUCAGCUGGAAGAGAAGAGGAGGCAAAUGGAGGAAGAGAGGAUGAAGGAACUCAGGAGACAAGAGGAGGAAGAGAGGAGGAAGGAACUCAGGAGACAAGAGGAGGAGAGAAUGAGGGAGCUCAGGAAACAGGAAGAGGAAGAGAGAAUCAAGGAGCUCAGGAGACAGGAAGAGGAAGAGAGAAUGAAGGAGCUCAGGAGACAGGAGGAGAGAAUGAAAGAACUCAAGAGGCAGGAAGAGGAGGAGAAGAUGAAGGAGCUCAAGAGGCAAGAAGAGGAAGCGAGGAUAAAAGAACUCAGGAGGCAGGAAGAGGACAAGAUGAAGGAACUCAGGAGACAAGAGGAGGAGAAGAUGAAAGAACUCAAGAGGCAAGAGGAGGAGGAGGAAAAGAAGUUGAAGGAGCUCAGGAGGCAAGAGGAGGAAGAGAGAAUGAAGGAGCUCAAGAGACAGGAGGAGGAAGAGAGAAUGAAGGAGCUCAGGAGACAGGAGGAGGAGGAGAAGAUGAAAGAACUCAAGAGGCAGGAGGAGGAAGAGAAGAUGAAGGAGCUCAAGAGGCAGGAGGAGGAGAAGGUGAAGGAGCUCAGGAGACGGGAGGAGGAAGAGGCACAAAAGAGAAGGGAAAUGCUGAGGAAGCAGGCAGAAAUGGAGACCCAGAGGCGACAGGAAGCAGAAAAGAAAGUUCUGGAAGCAGAGAGACCCCUGGAGCUGGCCAACCGAAAGGGCCAGAGGAGGGCACUUCAGAAGGCCUUUGCAGAGAAAACCGAUGGCACCCCACAGCCUGAGCUGCAAGAAGAUGCCGAGGAAGUCAGCAGCGGGGAGAAGCCCCUGGAAGUGCCACAGGGGGACAAACAACAGGGAAAGCGAGAAGGAACCAAGGUCCAAUGUCCCCAGAAAGUGGAGGCUCCAGAGGAACAGACAUUGGCUCCAGUCGACAGGAGGGGAGAGGAACUCAGGUGGCGGGAGGUAGACGAGAGGCAGAGCAUGCCCAGGUCCUACACUUUCCAGGUGGCAUCUGGGGGCAAACACAUCCUCUUCCCUAAAGUCAAUCUGAGCCCCGUGACACCCCUGAAAGAGACAGGACUGGCCUCGGCCCCACCCCAGGAGCCAAAGGCCCUCAAAGCCAGCCCAGCACCCCACAGCCUGCCCUCAGCCCUGAGCGUCCCCCAUACGGCCAUCCUGGUCACAGGCGCUCAGCUCUGCGGCCCAGCUGUCAACCUGAGUCAGAUCAAGGACACGGCUUGCAGGUCCCUCCUGGGCUUGUCCGAAGAAAAGAAGCAGGUGGAGGUCCCUCCUGAGCAGCCAGCCCGGGCCCCGGGGGAUCCCCGGGUGAGUAGUGGGAGAUCCAGGCCACCCCAUGAGCCACCCAGCAGUGAGACUGCAGCACUGGCGGAGUGGGUUUCCAUUCGUUCCAGAAUCCUGAAGAAUGCUGAGAGUGACAAGGAGCCGACAGGGCCAGAGGGUGGAGGUGAGGAGCAAAGUCCUGGGGUACGGAGUGAUCCCUCCCGCAACAGCGACGUCCGGAAGGCCCCGUCCAUUGGUGCAAAGUUCUCCAUUAAGCCUGCAUGGCAGAAGUUCUCGGAUGGUGGCAUAGAAAGUCCCCGGCAGACCAUGGAUGGAGAGAGCAGCAGAAAGCGGGCUGCCCCAACAUAUGGUGAGGGGGCAGCCCACCAGCUCUCUGCUGCUGAUGCCCAGGAGCCUGCAAAGGCCUCAGAGAAACCAGGGGCUCCACGGGAGCCAGCAGAUACCACAGAGGGGUGCAAAUUUGCCAAAGAUCUGCCAUCUUUCCUUGUCCCAGGCCUGCCUUCCCCACCACUGCAAACGAUGCACAAAGCCACGGCCCAGGUUGAGUCCAUGAGCUCAACCGACCAUGAAAUCCACGGUGGCCGAAAGUCAGACCCUACUGUGGCCAGUGGGGAGGAAAAGGCUUCACCAUUCGGGAUCAAACUGAGAAGGACCAACUACUCCUUGCGCUUCCACUCUGACCAGCAGGCAGAGCAGAAGAAGAAGAAGAGGCACAGUAGCACAGGAGAAGGUGGUGGGACCACUGGUGGUGGAGAGAAAGAGACAGCACCCCAACCUGGCCCUGCCCUCCUGCCCCAGGACCCCAAGCCAGCCCCGUCCUCCUCUGCUGAAAGUGGUUCCGGCCACUCUGCCCCUGCAACCCAGCUCGGACCCCCACCAGCCAACAGUCACAUCCAGACUCCCGAGCACAAGGCCACCCACAAAAUGCCAAUGGCUCAGAAGCCAGCCCUGGCGCCCAAGCCCACCAGCCAGACCCCACCUCCCUCCCCGCUCUCCAAAUUGAGCAGACCCUACUUAGUAGAGCUGUUGUCCCGACGUCCAGGGAAGCCCGAUGCAGAGCCCAGCGAGCUAAGCAAGGAACCAGCAACCAGGGCCCCCCAGCCACCCUCUCCACUGCCGCAGCCACAGGAGGAGGAGCAGCUGGGCCCUGAGAGGAAACCCAGCUGGUCAUCGCUUCCUGCCAGCCUAGGAGAGAAGCUGUCACAAAGCCCCGAGACUGAGAGAAGAGAGAAGCCAGUGCUUCAGAGCAGACACUCUUUAGAUGGCUCCAAACUUGCAGAGAAGGGAGAACCAGCGCAGCCACUAUGGAUCACAUUGGCUCUGCGGAAACAGAAGGGCUUCCGGGAGCAGCAGGCCACCAGAGAGGAGAGGAAGCAAGCACGGGAGGCCAAACAGGCGGAAAAAUUCUCCAAAGACAGCGUGAGCAUCAGCAGAACUGGGUCCCUGCACAAGCCUGCCAUUCAACAUGAAGCACAGAAACCUGAGGAGCAGAAACCCGACAGCGCAGUGUCCAGGCUGGAGCGCAGAGAACACCUGAAGAAAGCCAACACCCUUCCCACAUCUGUGACAGUUGAGAUCUCCGAUUCGGCUGCCCCAGCACCACUGGUGAAAGAAGUGACCAAGAGGCUUUCCAGCCCAGAUGCGGCCCCUGUAUCCACAGAACCCGCCUGGCUGGCACUGGCCAAAAGGAAAGCCAAGGCCUGGAGCGACUGCCCACAGAUUAUUAAGUAGAGUGACUCUUGCCCAUUCCUGGCUCCUCUCCUGCCCUUUUUAUUUAUUUAUUUUUUAUAUAAGGUAUAAAUCCAGCUAGGGAAAAGCAGCAUGUUUUAUAGGCUCUAAAAUAAUGUUUAGAAACUGAACUGGUGUUGUUCCUUGUAAAGAGUGGAUUUGCACAACCCUAGGUCCUGGUGCCUUGAGCUCCUCCUAGUUUAAUCUUCCAUCCAUCCAAGGGAUCAUGAAGCAGACUCUCCAGACUGAGAAAGAGAGCCUGCCUACCCGCUCCAUGGCCCUUCCUCACACAGUCUCACAAACAUCAUUUGGAACACCAAUUUUUGCCAAUUCUUAUAUCAGUUUUAGAUUCUGGACUCCAGUUUCUUGAUUCCCAGAUGUUGCCCUUACCCCAGCGUUGGCAUUUUCCUGCUGUACUGGUGAAACAAUCAAAUAUGAAAACAAUGUGCCCUUCUCCAGAAUGCAAUGAAUUGCAUGGAAGCCUCUGACUCUGUGUCCAAGUUCCAUAAAAUUUUCCUAGCCUGUAA